CACGAAGAGAUAAAUGAACAAGUGAGAGUUGGGGUGUCCCUAUGCCACAAUAACAAGGAACAGUAAGUGCAGGGAAACUUCCAAGAACCAAUCAACUUGCAAAGCAGUAAACAACAACAUGCCCACUUUGCCUUCCUUUGUCAUUUCAACUUGAACCCAACAACCAUUUCCAUCCUCUCUCUAUCUCUCAUGGACUUCUCCGCCACUGAUAUCAUUCUCAGCCUUUGUCCGUAUCAAUCUACACGCAACAAUUAAUGCCGUGGAAGCUCACUCUUGUUAAGAUAAUUGAUAGUUUGUAGCAUUAAUGGGCGGGAUACUCUCCAGACGUUCAAGCUCUCGCCAUCCUUCUAGUUCACACUCAUGGAGCCAUCACAGCUAUCCCCAGUCACCAUAUGCUCAACCAAGCCAAGAAUAUAUGCAAUACCAGCACUAUGCACCUCCGCCUCAGAGCUAUGGUGAUCCAGCACCAAAUUCCAGGAGGUUGGAGAGAAAGUAUUCAAAGAUAGAUGAUAAUUACAAUAGCCUGGUGCAGGUUACUGAAGCCCUGGCACGUGCUGGCUUAGAGUCUUCAAAUCUUAUUGUGGGUAUUGAUUUCACAAAAAGCAAUGAGUGGACAGGUGCAAGGUCAUUCAGCCACAGAAGCUUGCAUCACAUUGGGGAUGAUCAAAAUCCUUAUGAACAAGCAAUAUAUAUCAUAGGAAAAACACUAUCUUCCUUUGAUGAGGAUAACUUAAUACCCUGUUUUGGGUUUGGAGAUGCAUCAACACAUGACCAAGAAGUUUUCAGUUUUUAUCCGGAUGAGAGGUUUUGUAAUGGAUUUGAAGAAGUUUUGAGACGCUAUAGAGAAUUGGUCCCCUGUCUACGACUUGCAGGACCAACAUCUUUUGCUCCUGUCAUUGAAAUGGCUAUUACUAUAGUUGAGCGAAGUGGUGGCCAGUACCAUGUUUUACUUAUAAUAGCUGAUGGACAGGUGACAAGAAGUGUCGACACUGAGCAUGGCCAUCUAAGCCCGCAGGAAAAGAGAACAGUUGAAGCAAUUGUGAAAGCAAGUGAGUACCCCUUGUCCAUUAUAUUAGUUGGGGUAGGAGAUGGACCAUGGGACAUGAUGAAGGAAUUUGAUGAUAACAUCCCUGCUCGGGCAUUUGACAAUUUCCAGUUUGUGAAUUUUACAGAAAUAAUGUCAAAGAACAUGGACCGGUCCAGAAAAGAAGCGGAGUUUUCUCUAGCUGCUUUGAUGGAAAUACCUUCUCAGUAUAAAGCAACGCUAGAGCUUAAUAUUAUGGGUGCUACUAAAGGGAAGGCUAUAGAUAGGGUUCCUCUUCCCCCUCCCCAGUAUGGUGCUGGUUCAACUUCAUUCAGAAACCCAAAACCUGCCCAAUCAAGCAGCACUCAUCCAAGUGCAUCUUCUUCUGGCAGACAUGAUGUGGCUGGCACAGCACUUCCUGCAAGUUCUGCUUCUGAUAAUCAUCUUUGUCCCAUUUGCCUCACCGACCCUAAGGAUAUGGCCUUCGGUUGUGGACAUCAGACAUGCUGUGACUGUGGUCAAGAUCUCCAGUCAUGCCCCAUUUGUCGAAGCACCAUCCACACCAGAAUAAAGCUCUAUUAAAUGGUAUCUACUGGCAUUCUUCGAAAGAAAUGAAAAACAAAAGAUUCUGUACUUGUCACAAGACAUUAUCUCUCAAUUGUCAUUAUUGCAACUCCAAGUUCAUUGCAGUUAUGUCUAUGGAUGAGAGGACUUGUUAUGGAUGUGCAUAAGAGAUCAGAUGGAAGGAGUUUUCACAAGAUCUUUUGCCUUGUAAAUAAAACAGUUUUCCAUCUUCAUUGCCAUUAGCCAUCCUGAUUAGCUAUAUAGUUUGAUCAGCCUGGUUCCAGAGCCGACAGCCUUGAUUAGUAGUUGCAGACGUAGUUUGAUUAAAUAAUAUGAUUGCUGCAGUGCUGCCUGUUUAAGUCUCUUCUUUCUUAAGGUUUCACCAAAACAUUUUGUUUCCAUUCCAAUGCUUAUUCAGGGUCCAGUUGGAGACCAAAUACAAGUAGAUCUUUUUUGAUUCGUAA